GCCUCGUCGUUAUCGUAAUCCUUGAUAAGAAAUGAUAAGAACUGCGCACAUUUUGUGUAAGUACAGUGGAUCAUAUGAAUUUUUAUAAGAAAUCGAUUGAAAAUAGAAAUGUUAUUCAUAAUUGCGGCUGUGUUGAUACGAUUAGAUUUCUAGAAAUUCGCAUAGUUGCUUCUGUGAAUAGUGCACCAGUCCUAAAUCCCUUUAUUUUACCAGCUGCGUUACAUUAGCUGAAAUUAGUUUCAGAACAUCGUCAUAAGGUUAUUUCUGCUAUGAGCGAUUUGAGUGCAUUCGUGAAUAACAGUCCCAGUUCACAUAAAGACUCUAGUACUGAAAACUGGUGCUGUUUUAAAUCUGAAAAAUUAGAAUGCGAGUACACCUGGAUAAUUCAAAAUUUCAAUCUUCAAGCACCCAGGAUUGUCCGUACUAAACUGAUAUCAUCUGAGUUUUCAGCUCCAAAUGAUUCCUGCAAAUGGUUUAUGUCGCUCGAAAUGGAAAUCACUUCUUACAGUUCUUACAAUUGUCCAACAUCCGAUUGCUGGUUAUCCAUUGUGAUAUGCCGAAGUGAAACCACUAAUUCCGAACCACGAUCAGGAAACGUGGAUAUCUCACUCAUGGACUUGAAUAAUGAAAAGUCAAAGACUCUUCAACGUGAGUUCUUUGUGAAUAAUCAAACUAAUAAUGUGAGCAUUGCGAGGUACGUCAAAUUUAGAGACUUACUUGCCGAAGACGGUAAACUAUUACCGAAAGGCGAGUUGAGGAUUUACUGCAAACUGUCUUAUGUUCGGGAUAUCGGCACCGUUACGAAUCAUUUCCCAUUGGAAUUCAUCGAAUCUAACCCUAUGCGCGAUUUCGAGAAAUUAUUCAACGACGAUGAUUGCAGCGAUGUCGUAAUUGACGUGAAUGGAAAAUCGUUCCCAGCUCAUAAAGUUAUCCUGGCAGCUCGUAGUCCAGUAUUUAAAGCCAUGUUCAAAAAUAAUCUGAUGGAAAAUCAACAAAAUCGCGUUGAAAUCAAGGACGCGGACGAGAAUGUUUUUCAAGAAGUAUUGCGUUAUAUUUACACGGGAAAAGUUGAAAAUUUAAACGAUAUAGCAUUAGAAUUGAUGCUCAUUGCUGAAAAAUAUGAUCUAGCGCAACUAAAGGGAAUGUGUUUAAAGGUACUUGGUUCGUUGCUUUCGGUGAACAACGUUGUGAAGAUUUUGAUUAUCGCUGAUUUGAAUAAUGCGCAUUAUUUGAAAACUCAGGCUGUUGAGUACAUCAGAGCUAACGUGUUAAAAGUUAUGAGAUCUAAAGACUGGACUGAUUUGAACGCUCAUCCUGAUUUGAUGAACAAUAUACUAGAUGUAGGAUGUUGAAUUUGUUUCAAUUUAUAUAAUCACCUAAUGAGUUUAAACUUAUGAAUUAUUUUUUAAAGUUUUCAACGUAGGUACCGUAUUCGUUUUUUCUAUUUUUACUUUUUUAGAAGACAGUGUUGAUGAGAGAUAAUAUUGAAUUAUUAUUUUAUUAUUGUAUCAGUAUCCUGGGUGUUUAUUAUUUACUGAAUUAAAAGUGUUUCCAGGUAUAGCGUCGUUAUUCGUCCUUUUUGUGAACUACGAGUAUUUAGACUAGACAUGAGUGACAGGAGGAAACCAACAUUUGAAAAUGCCUGAAAAGAUGGGUAAUUCUGGUUUAGAUUAGAUUUACGCCUGAUGGAAGUGGGAGGAAGAAACCGAAUCUAGAACACGUGUAUGAUAAGACCGGAUGAGAUGAAAAAACGAACCCUGAUAUUCGCAGCUAAGAAUUGCAGAAUUUUAUGCAUUUUCAAUUUUCUUCGCCAUAUUUUUGAUAUUUGAAUACUUCAUUCUUUAAUUUUAGUGUACGUUAAGUAAUUUUUUCAUCCGACUGUGUUAUUAGCGUGUGGAUAUCUCACUUAAAGGUAUGAGCUGGUAGAUAAUUUUUCUGUUUUCUCAAAAUGACAUUAUAAUAUAGCGCUAUAUACGAUACAAUAGAUAUAAUCCGAUGUUUUAGAGAGGUGUAAAUACCUACAUACGAUUAUGUGAAUUUAAAUUCCUCAUUUAGUUACUUUUGAGUUCGUUUUUAUUAAUGCGUUUAUUAUUCCAUUCCAGGAUAUUCAAUAUGAUUCCGAUGCACUUAUUCAGUAGGUCUAUUCUUAAACUACCAAAACCAAGUUUUUUGGUAUCGUCCAUCAAAGAAAUAAGAUAUUUAUCGAUACAGCCGAAUUCAAGAAUGAGCCACGUGAAUGCACCAACGAAUAAGAUUCCUGCGUUAAAAAAAGACUCAAUCUGUACGAAAAACUGGUUUUGUACUAUUGCUAAAAAAAUCGAACACGAGUUCACAUGGAUAAUUGAGGAUUUUAAUUUACAAAUAGCCAACAUGCGUACAGAGGAAUUGAAGUGUCUUACGCUUUCAGAUCACAACGAUUCGUUUGAAUGGGUUUUAGAACCGACUAUCCGCAGAAUUCAUAAAGACAACGAUCUUAAACUGUGGUGUGAAUGGUUAGAUUUCAAUUUAAAGAUGUCUUGCAGUUCAGCCAGAUUCAGCCCAAUAUCUGGCAGUGUAAGUGUCUCGCUUAUGAACUUGAAAAAUGAGAAAUCCUAUUCGUAUACACAAGACUUCCAUUUGAGUGCAGAACAUGAAUUCACCAGUGGUGUCGGCUUAAAAUUAAUGAAAUGCAGUGAUUUGAAAAGCUAUUUAUUACCUGAAGGCGAGUUAAAGAUUCAUUUCAAAAUUGCCUUCAUUCGUGAUACAAUCACCGCUUCAAAUCAUUUUCCAUUAGACGAGUCUAACCUGACGCACGACUUCGAAAAAUUAUUCAACGAUGAAGAUAGCAGCGAUAUUAUAAUUGACGUUAACGGAAAGAAGUUCCCGGCUCACAAAAGUAUCCUGGCAGUUAAUAGUCCAGUAUUUCAAGCUAUGUUUAAAAAUGAUCUGAUGAAAAAUCAACAAAGUCGGAUUGAAAUUAAUGAUAUCGAUGAGAAAAUUUUUCAAGAGGUGUUGCGUUGUAUUUACACUAGAAAAGUUGAGAAUUUGAACGAUAUAGUAUUCGAAUUGAUCCCCGUUGCUGUCAAGUAUGAUAUUGAGCCUUUAAAGAGAGCGUGCUCAAAAAAAUUCAGUGAAUUGCUGUCAGAGAAAACUGCUGUAAAAAUGUUGAUUUUCGCCCACUUGAAUAGCGUCUCUAAUUUGAAAAAAAAAGCGAAUGAUUAUAUCAGAAGGAACAUAAAGAAAGUUAAGAAAUCAAAAGACUGGAAUGAUUUGAAUGCUUAUCCAGAUUUAAAGAAAACGAUACAACAGUAUACUUAGUCCAACUGUGUAAUAGAAUGCUGAAAUAUUAUAAUGCCUCCUGUCUGUUCCACUUUUUACAAUUGAUUAAGAUUUUUUAAAGCUACUUAUAUCAAAUAGGUAUUUGGUUUUUAUUUAUUGUUUUGUAGCAGACUUUAAUGCGAGAACGAAAUGCUAAUAUCUACUGAAUUUCUUCAAUUUGUAUUUGUAUAUUCUGGGUGUUUGAAUAUUUGCGAAGUAAAAAAAAAAUUCUGACUGUGUUGUUUCUCAGUAUUUUGAUUUGUUAACUACACGUCAUGUAUUCAGAAUUGUAGACCUAUACAUCCUACACACCUAUAACUAUACCUACUUAUCUCCUUCAAUGAAUGAAGGCUGAAGCUCAUAAAAUGUGAAUUAAAGAGUAAAGUAAAGUUGAAGUUUGCUAUAAUUUCAAUUUCCGUCUUGGCAUGAACUUGGUUGAUGAACAAUAUAUUGGAUGUAGGAAGCUGAAAUAUUAUUAGAUCUCCGUCAAUUUUUAUAAUGACCUAGGUAAUGCCUAAUGAAUUAAUGAUUUUACAUUCACCAUUAUGAAUUUUCAAAGUUUUCAACAUAGGUUUGUACCAUGUAGCUACGUACUCGUUUUUUUAUUUGAAUUUUGAAAGCAGUGUUGGUGAAAAAUAUAAAGGAGGUACAUAGUACUGUUACUCCUGCGCUUGCGUCGGUCUCGCACGAACUCUAGGUCGCUCGCACGCUCUUCUAGACCACGUGUUUGAUAAGAAAGACAACAACAUGAGAGUGAUGCAAGAAAAAACAAACUUGCCAUAAGAACAAACUGCUAGAAUUUUUGCGUUUCCUUCACCAUAUUCUUGAAAUUUGAAUACUUUAUUCUUCAACUUGUUCAACUAUAGGUACGUUAACUGAUUCUUUUUAUCUAACUGUGGUACUGAUUGUCGUGUGAACCAAAAUCUCGCUUGAAGGGUAUUUAGUAUGAUUCCGAUACACUUUUCCAGGAUUUUUAAACCACCUAAAUCAAUUUUUUUGGUGUCAGCUAUCAAUGACAGAAAAUAUUUAUCAAUCCAGCCAAAUAAUUCAAGAAUGAUCCACGUGACUGCAUCAACGAAUAUUCCUACAUUGAAUAAAGACUCUGUCUGUACAAAAAAAUGGUUUUAUACUACCGCUAAAAAAAUCGAACAAGAGUUCACAUGGAUAAUUGAAGAUUUUAAUUUUCACAUGGCCAACAUCUAUGAUGAUGAAUUGAAGUCACCUGUACUUUCAGAGGUUAAUGAUUCGUAUAAGUGGUUUUUAAAACUGAACAUACCCCUGCAAUAUUAUUCUCUCAAGCACGAAUCUUUACAUCUCAAUUUUGAAAUGGUUCCCUGUGCAUUUAACAUCAGCCCGAUAUCAGGCAGUAUAAGUGCCUCACUAAUGGACUCGAAAAAUCAGAAAUUCAAUACUUGUGCACACAACUUCUAUGAAAAAAGUCUUAAAAAAUGUGAUAAAGUCAGCUUGAGACUAAUUAAAUGCGGUGAUUUGAAAAACGAGUUAUUACCAGAAGGCCAGUUGAGGAUUCAUAUCAAUAUUGCCUUCAUUGGCGAUACAAUUACUGCUUCGAAUCAUUUUCCGGCGGAUGAAUCUAAUCUUACGCAUGAUUUUGAAAAAUUAUUCAACGAUGAGGAUAGUAGUGAUGUUAUAAUUGAAAUUGAUGGAAAGAAGUAUCCAGCUCAUAAAAGUGUCCUGGCAGCUCGUAGCUCAGUAUUUCAUGACAUGUUUAAAAAUGAUACGAUGAAGAGUCAACGGAAUCGUAUUGAAAUUAAAGAUACCGAUGAAAAAAAUUUCCAAGAAGUGUUGCGUUAUAUUUACACCGGAAAAGUUGAGAAUUUGAACGAUAUAGUAUUCGAAUUGAUUCCCGUUGCUGAAAAAUAUAACCUUGCGCCUUUAAAGACCGCGUGCUUACAUGCACUAAGUGCAUUACUGUCAGAGAAAACUGCUGUAAAAAUUUUGAUUAUGGCUGAAUUGAAUGGAGCACAGAGUUUGAAAACUCAAGCGAUUGAGUAUAUUCUAGAGAACUGGACUAAUGUUACGAAAUCAGAAGACUGGAAUGAUUUAGACUGUUAUCCUGAUUUGAUGAAAUGCUUAACCAGCAAUGAAAAUGAUUACUAUGAUAAAUAUGAUAGGUGCUGAAAAUGAUUUCCUUGUACGGUGCAUGAUGUAGGUACUUAUAGAGUUUCCAGUAAUUCGUAAUUCAUGUUCUUUUUAUUUUACCUAAUUAGGUACCCACAUAUACCUACUUCCUUUUGUUUUACUCUAAUUCAUUUUUUGAAGUUUUCAGUUUUCAACCUAAUUGGUAGGUAGGUACCUAAAUCUAUAUUUUUUUUCUUUAAAAAAAAAUUUAUUAUCUGCAUGUGAUUUGAAUCAUAAAUGCGAGUGUAAUUGAAAUGUUCAUUUUGUAUCAUCUGUAAGUAGGUAUUUUGUGUAAUGCUAUUUUUGCUCAAGUAAAAGAUACUUUCAAGUUA